CUCAUCCACUUUGAUAAUUCUGGUAUUACCACUACGAUUUACUCAAAUGUCAGAGCAAUGGUUUGUGUUCUCAGCUGCCUAUCUUCUGUGGACUGUGAGAAUUUUUAAAUAUGCUGCUGUUUUUAGACAAACGGGAGCAUAUGUGCAGAUUUUAUGGAGAAUUCUUAUUCACGAUAUUUUCCAGUUUACCACAUUCUUCCUCUUCAUUCUGUUGGCCUUCAGUGGUUGUCUUCUUUUGUCUCUUCGAGGGGAAGGGUCAUUGGAACAGUUUCAUGAGAGCAGUUCCUUUUGGUCAAUCCUAUUUCUUGGAGCAAGGAUCUUGAUAGAGGCUGAGCGAAUUGUAGAAUAUACAGAACUUCAGACUACGAGUCUUAUCAUUAUGGCAGUAUUUUUGUUUACAAUCUGCGUCCUUCUACUAAACAUUUUGAUUGCUCAGCUCAGUGACACUUACCAAAAUGUCCAACAGGACGCUCAGCGGGGGUUAGAGGUCAACAGAGCCUGGAUUGUGGCCAGGGUCGAACUAAAUAGUCUUCUCUUUGGAAAGGGUCAUCGAAUAUCACACUACAAGGAAAGUGAAAACAUUGAUGAUAUUAAAGAUGUUUUAGAAAAAUGGGAAAGUCCUCCAUUGAACGAAAUCAACAAGUGUAUUCAAAAUAUAUCGGAUGAUCUCGAUUCUCACAAAAUGAAUCUUUUGACGAUUAAGAAAACAGUGGCAAGACAAGAAGCGACCUUGUCUACAAUCCAAAUCAGUCUGGAUAAGCUUUUAGAACUGGAGGAAAGGAGACAAAGACAAACCUUGAGACGUUCAUUCACUGUAUAAAAUACGUAUACAAAUUUCCAAACCCAGAUUAUUUAUGUUAUUUACUGUAUGAUGAAACCACUUGUUUUAUCUCUUAUAUCGGUAUUUCAUUGGUGAUCAUUUGUGAUUUCGAUUCUGAUUAUUUCAUUUUUCUUAAAAUAUGUUGCUAUUGGUUGCUUGUCUUUUUGUC